UCCAGCAAUGGGCAGUGGGCUGCUGCUGGCGGCGGCGGCGGCGGCGGCCGCGGCCGCCGUGCCACCAGCUAAACAUCCGUCGAUCCUGUCCACGACCACAACGACCACCACCACUUCCACCGCCGACGGAACCACCACCACAACCCAAACGGCCUCCACCGCCGGUGGCACCACUGCCAUCACAACCACCACCACCACCACGACCAAAACCACCUCCGCCGCCGAUGGCACCACCACCACCACACCAGCAACCACCUCUGCUGUCGCCACCACCAUAUCCUCGCUCGGCCAAGACCAGCUCCGCGAGAUCUUCCUCCGCCUGCCCAACCUGCCGGCCCUCGUCCGCGCCGCGCUCACCUGCCGCUCCUGGCUCCGCGCCGUCCGCUCCUCCCGGCCCUUCCGCCGCCUCUUCCGCGCCCUCCACCCGGCGCCCUUCAUCGGGAUCUUCCUCGAGACCGACGGCAUCUCCAUCCCCGCCUUCAUCCCCGUGCGCCGCUCCGACCCAGACGUCGCCGUCGCCCUCCACCGCGGCGACUUCUUCCUCACCUCCCUCCCCGCGGAGGACGACGCGUCCCCGAGGUGGAACGUCGCCGACUGCCGCCAUGGCCACGUCCUGCUCUGGGACAUGAUCGAUGAGGGGCUCGCCGUUCUCAACCCAAUCACUUGGACCGUCGACUCCCUCCCGAUGCCCGCCGACGAUGAUGUCAAGGCGGAGACCCGAGUCGACUUUGCCUUCAUUGGCUUUCACCUCUUGUCGUCUGACGAGAACCCGCUGUCGUUCCGCGUGGCCUGCAUCUGCAAGGAUGGCUCUAAGGUUCGUGCCGCCAUUUUCUCGCCGGGGACAUGGGAUUGGGUUAUCCACCCGUGGGCGGAAUUGGAAAUCGGUGGAGACAGCAGCCUAAAGUUCAAGGCUGGUUCGGUGGUGGAUGGUUCCAUUUACUGGCCUUGCCAUGGCCAAAGAUGCAUUGUGAGGAUCAACACUGCCACCAUGGAUAUCACCACCAUGGAUCUACCCGCUCAGGUGAAGGUGGAUGGGUACAAUUUCAAGGCUGCGGAGACCAAGGAUGGCGCACUCUGCAUCGUCUAUGCAUCUGAUGAUUUCGUCCUCCAUGUUUGGAUCGACGGUAUGGAUGGUGAUGGGAUUCAGACCUGGAUACCGCACAAGACAAUCUCUUUGCGUCCUGAGAUGCGUCGCGUUACUAGGGGGUUGCUGGGAGACCUCAAAGUUGUGCAAGUUAGGGAUGGAUACGCCUACUUAUCAACCACAAGCAUGUCCCAUGUUGGCCUACUCUGCUGCUGGUUUUUCUCCCUUUCCUUGGAGACUAUGAAGCUUGACUUACUGAUUCAGGGGAGGUAUGAUGGUCGUGGCUAUCCCUACUUUAUGGCCUGGCCUCCUUCUUUGGUUGGUGAUGGUGGACCUCAACUUGAAAGUUCUUACUGAAGUAUGUACUUGUCCACCAUUGCGUAUGAGGAAAUGAGUGAAAGUUCGUAUCCAUUAUCAAAUACUUUGGAGGUGCAUUAGAAUAUCUAGAUGGCAUUGAAAAUUGGAAAGAUUUUUUCUUCUAUCUUCACUUGCUGUAGCUAAUGAGUUGUUCACUUAGAGAUAUUCGGGUCAAUUGAAACAUUGGUACGGUGCUGGAGCUAAUGAGUUUUAUUGAAGUUUAAGUUUUCCUUCUGCUGUA